AUGAGGGCUGAGACGGAAGCCAGACCAGAAGAGAUAAAAGCCAGGCAAGAAAUAAAAGAUGGCCAAGAAAAGCUACAAGUGCAACUUCAGCAGAUGAAUAUAGAAGAUAUGCUUAGAGAAGAAAUUGGAGCCAUAGAAGAUCAUGAUAGAAAAAUUAUAGUUGGUAAAGAAGAUCAUUCUAAAAAUAGUUGCUUUGUUUGUUGUGUUCUGUCUCACGGAGAAUCGGGAAUACUCUAUGGAUCAGAUGGGAAAUAUGAAACAGAACGUAUAUUUGCUCCUUUCAGAGGUGAUGUUUGUCCUACUCUUGCUGGAAAGCCAAAAGUAUUUUUCAUUCAGGCAUGCCAAGGUGAUAAGUUAGAUCAUGGAGUAAGUAUGAAAUGUCAGAUAGCUACAGAUUCUUCUAGCAUACAAGAAGAAACAUACAGGAUUCCUACUCAUGCUGAUUUUCUCAUUGUAUACUCAACUGUUUCUGGUUUUUAUUCAUGGAGAAAUACAACCAAUGGCUCCUGGUUUAUUCAAGCAUUGUGUGCUGCUUUGCAAGCUCAUGCUAAAGAUAUGGAUUUGUUAGGACUAUUAACAAUUGUGAAUCGAAAAGUAGCUUACGAUUUUGAAAGUUUUACUCCACAAGAUAAUAGCAUGCAUUUGAAGAAACAAGUACCUUGUGUAACAUCUACAUUAACAAGAAAUAUUAAAUUUUCAUAAAUUAUUAUACUUUGGGGAUGGAGCUUAACUUGACAUCUUAUAUGCUGCCAAGUUUUUGUUAUUGUUUGAUGCUUCUCUAAAAAUACAGAAUUUUAAAAAUAACAAUCUAAUUAACUGUAUAUUUAAAAUUCUGUGUGCUAACUGAUCCACUAAUUAAUUAAUUUUAAUUAACCUUAAAAUAUUCCAAAAUUUCAAUUUUAUUUGCCAGUUGAUUUAAUUAAAGAUUGUUUAUAAAUACUCUUUAUUGCUUCACAAUUUGUAUUAUAGUUACCAUAGUUAUAAACAUCUUCAAGUAAUGAAUAAAUAUUUAAUAGGAUCUGUAAUUUUAAAAUGAAUGAAAAAUAAUACACCUGCAUUAACUUCAUUCAUUUAUAGUAUCAAUAAUUUAACAAAUAUUCUCCAAUCAGUUAUGCUGCAUACAAAAUCAAAACAAUAAAUAUUUAAUAUAAAAUCUUUUAAACUUUUAUAUCUACCUUGAAUUGGUGUGGUUAUGAAAUCAAUUGAAUGCUAAUUUUUUGGGGGUUAUCAUAGUAGAGCAAGAAUCCUCUAUAGGUUUUGUACAAGAUUUUGAUCAAGUCAAUUUUAUGAUCAUUGUAAAAAUUAAUAUUGUAAUCUUUGAGCUAAUUCAUACUUCUUUUAGCAGUGUGGCAUGGUGCAGCACUUCGUUAGAAGAUGCAUUGGUUUUAGGAUUGGAAAAUAAAUUUUUUAUUUAAAUUAGUAGUUUUGGUUUUGGAAUCUCACUUUUGAUAUCUAAGCAUUUAUUUAAACUUCUGUUCCUUGCACCAAUAUCUUUUUUGUUGUACAUGUCUUAUUAUCACGCUGACUAGAUACUUCAUGGUAGUAGUCAUACAUUCUGGUAACAAAUUUUCUCCUUGAACUAAGUACACAUUUGAUGCCAUUAACUUUCAAAUUUAGAAAUAAUAUCUCAUCACUACAAACUGCGUUCAUCCGUAUCAUGUCUUAAUGCUGUUUAGCCCACAUAAUUCUUUUCUCCCAAUGUUUUUCACUAAAUUAAAAUUCUACUAUAUGUCUUUGGACAUUUAAAGCAUUUCUUCACUAUUACUUUUGGACCAUUAUAUUGGUAAAAUUCACUUUGGGUGAUCUCUAAAGCUCCUUUAUAUGUUUUUUAUAAAUUUUUGUAAGUGGAUUUGUAAGACAAUAGGGAAAAUGUUUCCACCUUGUUAAAUAAAUUUAGGUUUUCUUCCAGUUCUAGGAGCAAAUUUAGUACCCCAUUCGGAUAAUUGGAUUUUUUCCGAAGUCUAUGUACACUUUAAUUAAUUUAAUUAAUUAAUGUAUGUUGAAAAUGGAAGAAAAAAACUAUUUUUAAAGAAAAAAGAGGUUUUAAUAAAUUAAAAUGAAAGACCAGCACUUUUACAUGUAGGUUAUAUAGUGUACUGUACAGUACACAGUGCUAAAAGUCUCGGUCUAAGUAAGCUGUUUGACUGUCUUCAUCCAUUUUCAAGCAGCCAAAUCGCACAUACUUGACAAUGAGAAGUUGCAUGUGGUCAUACUUGGGCUGACGCUCCAUCCAUUUCAACACAGUUUGGCAAGGCCAGCAAAUGCUUUACUUGCUGAUGAUUCCAUGUCUGCUUCAACUUUUGACAUUAAGGUCAUCUUCUUCCUCAACAUUUACUUCUUUCACACUUUCAUUAAGUUCAUGAUCAUUUAGAAUUUGAAACCCAGGGUCUGACAAAUCGCACACCAUCAAUGAUGAAUUAUACACCAUUUGCUCCUUUUAAUGUCUGAAAUCGUUGAUUGUCCAACACUGUGUAUCUCAGCCAACUGUUUACCCAUAACUAUUUUAUCUGAUUGCUGUAUAAUUUUUAAUUUAUCAACUAACAACAAUACAACGUGUUUUUUUAUUUUAGAAGCUGUGGUGAACGACAAAAUGCACUUACAAAUAAAACAACACACCAAAUGUGAAGGAGUACAGUCACAGUGCUGUAGCUUGUCAACGACACACUGACUGAGUAGUAAUCAAAACGAACAGUAACAGGUGGGCCAGGCCGGCCACCUGAUGACAGACAACAAUACUGUAACCAAUAAUAGAACUGCAGUAUGAGAUAGUGACUCAUCAUCCCGAUAAUGUUCACACUGCACCUAUACUAGUUUUGUGGCGGGAAGGACAAUAACACUCAUAGACAGAAUCGUUAUUUUGCGAUCCCCCGUACGUUUCCGUCAUAAUUUUUUUCUUAAAUUCUGAAAGUGAUUUGGAUAAUUGGAGUUGUACUGUACUCUUUUUUGAUUUGUCCAUACACUACCAGCAAACUGCAGUACCAUCAAACAACUUUGUAGCUUUUUCUUUGUUCUAACAUGCAUUCUUUGCAGUUUGGCAAGUAUUGCCCCCCCUUGUGCAUACAACGUAAGAUAUGUACUUUUCCCCCGCGCAUCCUCACAAAUAGCCAAUUUAAGCAUGCUACAAAUUCCACAUGACAUAAAUCUUUAAUUUAUCUUUCAGACUGUAAUUGCUAACAAAUUUAGCAAUUUAGAAUUAACAGAGGCACUUAAUUUAAAUAAUUAUAUUUUUUUAUUAUGUAAAAUUAAAUUCUAUUUAAUUUACUUUCAGUGAUAAUUUGUAUGAACAUUUGCAACAUUAUGAUUGAUGAAAGACAUUUCUAGUGCCACACAUUGUAUACUUUAGCAUAAGAUCAUUAAAGUUUUUAUUAUUAAUAAUUUAUUUAUUUAUUUAUUAUUAGUUGAUGGUGUAAAUGCACAUGCAUUACAAAUAAGGUACCUUAUUCCCCUUUUUGACAUUUGGUGUGUUGUUUUAUUUGUAAGUGCAUUUUGUCGUUCACCACAGCUUCUAAAAUAAAAAACACCCCUUUUUGAAGAAGAAGAUUUCAAGAGUAUAUAAUUCCUAUAUCAUAUACUUUUGAAAUGUAUAAAUUAUUUUAUUGUUUUUUUUAAAUUAAUGCUCUUGAAUUUUAUUUAGCUCCAAGGCUGAAAGUUUGCUGAUGUUUAAUAUGCAUUAUUUCAAUGUACUAUUUUUAAUUAACUUUUAAUAGUUUUUUAUAUCACUAUGUGUGAUACUUUAGUGCAAUGGUAUUCACAAAAUGUAUGCCUUCAAUGAUUUUAAAUGCUUCUUAAAAUGCCUUAAAUAUUGUGAUAAUGAUAAAUAAGCAGAAUACAAAUUAUUUUUGUAUGAUAAUGCAUGCUGAAAUGACCAUUAAUUAGUUACAAGUUUAAUAUGUUAGCAUUUGCUUAAUUUUUUGUUUAUUGUAUUUAUCAAAAAUUUUGAUAAAUAUAGCUUAAAUGACUUUUUUUCCUUUGUACAUUUUAUAAUCUAUGUAUUUGAAUAAAUGAAAAUUGAUUAUAUGUAUGUAUUUGAUGAAUAUCUUAUAAUUUAUUUAUGUUUUAUAAUGUAACUUUGAACUAAAAUUUGAUUUGCUACAUCAAGAUGUGAUACAAGUUAUGAUAAUCGUACUAAACUAACCUGUAUUUAUUUUAAAAAUCAAUGAUGCUAUUUUAAUUGUAAGUUUAUUAAGCUGCCUUGAGUAAUAUGUUAAUAGUAAUGAUUGUGUCUAUUGAAGCUUUUAUCAAGAUCUCAAUUUCUUUGUAAUAAUACAACAUCCAUUAUUUAUUUUACAUUUAAUAUUUUAAUAUGAUGUAAUACUUGUUAAAAAAAUUCCCUUUAAUUUUCUAUGUAUAUUAUCUAUCAGUAUUAAAUGUGUAUAUAUAUUA